UCUUUUCUUUUUGGUUUUUAUUGCUGGAAAAUGCAACAUACCGGUUCCCUUGCAGCCGAGACACUAGGAAUUGCAUGCUCUGCAAGAAACUGAGAAUUCUUUUGUGGGUUAGCUGUGAAGCAAUUGUGGAUUUGUUUUUGUUGGGGACAAUGAAUCCAUGUAUGAAGGCUCUGUUUUGCAGCUCUCGUCCUAAAAUAAACAAACCUUGAUGAUGCAACUCAUUCACUUGUGUUUUGAUUCGCAAUGCGCUUUCCAACAAACCUCUGGAGCUGGAGUUUGAGGAUGGAAGAAUCGUCACGUCUUGGAAAAUGGGUACAAGUCUUAUCUAACUAUCGGGAGAUGCAGAGAUAUGGAGUUCAACCAUCGGAUCCUUCCCUCUUCCCCCCAAUCCUCAAAGCAUGCCUAAACCUUCGUUCCCCAUAUUACGGGAAAUCCAUGCAUUCUUGUUUGAUCAAACAAGGUUAUGAAUCAUUUGCUUCCAUUGGGAAUUCUAUUCUGGAUUUUUACAUGAAAUCUGGACACUUGGAAUCGGCAUUGGGUGCGUUCUAUCGCAUGCAAGACAGAGAUUCCGUUUCAUGGAAUAUCAUUAUUUACGGCCACCUGAAUCUGGGUGAUACAGAAGGAGCCCUACGGUGGUUUAAUAAAGCUAGGGUAGCUAGCUUCGCACCGAAUACUUCCACAUUGGUUCUUUUAAUUCAGGCAUGCCGCAAUGUUGGAGCUUACCAUGAAGGACUAGAAAUUCAUGGGUUUGUGAUUAGGAGUGGAUUCUCCGCCAUUGGUUCCAUCCAAAACUCGCUGCUAAGCAUGUAUGUGUAUAUUAACAUGGGGAGUGCACAGAAGCUGUUCGAUGAAAUGUCUGACAAAGAUGUGAUCUCUUGGAGUGUAAUGAUCGAGGGAUAUUUGCAAACCGAGGAAGCGGAUUUUGCCUUGAAGUUGUUUCGGGAAAUGGUGUCCGAGGAUGGGAUCCAACCCGAUGGUAUAACCGCGGCAAGUGUUCUAAAGGCCUGCAGCAGAUUGAAAGACAUUGAUAUGGGAAAGUUGGUCCAUGUAGCGGUGAUCAAAAGAGGAGAUUAUGGUGACUUGUUUAUAGGGAACUCCUUGAUUGAUAUGUAUUCAAAGUGUAAUGCUGUUGGUUCUGCAUUUCAAAUUUAUAAAGAGAUGUCUGGAAAGAACAAUGUUUCUUGGAAUUCUAUGUUAUCUGGAUUUUUGCUCAAUGAGAAAUACUAUGAAGCGUUGUCGUUAUUUAAUUUGAUGGGGGAGACAAGCGUCGGGGUAGAUGAAGUGACUAUAGUGAAUUUUCUUCAUAUAUGCAAACAUUUUGUGUUUGCAUCUCUGUGCAAGUCAGUUCACUGUCUAAUAAUCCGUCGGAAGUACGAAUUGAAUGAUUUGGUUAUGAAUUCUUUAAUUGAUGCUUAUGCCAAGUGUAAUCUUGUUGAUUUUGCAUGGAAACUUUCCGAUGGUUUGAAGGGCAGGGAUGUGGUGGCAUGGAGCACGAUGAUAGCUGGGUUCACAUACUGUGGCAAGCCUGAUGAGGCUGUCGGGGUCUUCUGUGAGAUGAGCAAAACGCAGGAGAAGCCCACUGUUACUACGAUCCUGAACCUUCUCGAAGGAUGUUCGAUUUCAGCCGAACUGGGAAGGUCAAAAUGGGCCCAUGGUGUUGCAAUCAGAAGAGACGUGGCGGCUGAUGUAGCUGUUGCAACUGCCAUUGUUGAUAUGUACGCAAAAUGUGGCGCCAUUGAUACAUCGAGAAGGGUCUUCAAUCAGAUGCAACAGAAAAAUGUGGUGUCAUGGAGUGCCAUGAUAGCAGCAUACGGUAUGAAUGGUCUUCCCAGAGAGGCAUUAGCAUUGCUACCGGAAAUGAAAUCGCGGGGUCUGAAACCUAACUCUGUGACUGCUCUUUCAGCACUAUCUGCAUGUAGCCAUGGAGGGUUAAUCAAGGAAGGGUUUGCUUUUCUUAAAUCAAUGGUCCAUGAAUAUGGGAUUGUACCGGAGUCGGAACACUAUUCCUGUGUGAUUGACAUGUUAUGUCGGGCAGGAAAGGUGGACAUUGCAAUGGAAUUGAUCAAACAGAUCCCUGGUUGUAUCAAGGUUGGUGCAAGUGCUUGGGGAGCCCUUUUAAGUGCCUGCAGCAGCCGUGGAAACAGUGAGCUUGGUGUAGGAGCACUCUCCCAUAUUCUCAAGCUGGAGCCGAUGAACUCUUCUGGGUAUUUGCUGGGAUCAAAAAUGUAUGCAGCAGAAGGUUCAUGGGAUGAUGCGACGACAAUGAGGUGGCUGGCGAAAGAGAGAGGGGUGAGGUUCUCUGCUGGAUACAGUUUGGUUCAUGUGGGAAACAGAGCUUGUAGAUUCGUUGCAGGGGAUUUCUCCAAUUCUCGGGCUGAAGAGAUCAACAUCACGGUUGAGCGGUUGCAUAGUUCAAUGACCAUCUACGAUAGGAUUCAAUUCGAAUGCUGAAGUAUAUUUUGGAUCUUCGAAUGAGUGAUCGAAUUCAAUAUCUGGUUAAGGCAAGGAGAGGGUUUUCCUUGAA